AUGGGUGGCUAUUGGUUAACCGAAGUGAUCCCAAUCUAUGUUACCGCUUUACUACCGAUUGUUCUUGGUCCAAUGCUUGGAUUGAUGAAAUCCUCCCAGGUUUGCCAGGCCUAUAUGAAGGAUACGAACAUGCUAUUCAUCGGUGGACUUUUUGUGGCGACGACAAUUGAGCAUCGAGGUUUGCACAAGCGAAUCGCAAUCUCAGUGCUUCGAAUUGUUGGAAGUGAUCCAAAAAUGACACCUCACAUACCACAAAUGUUAGAGCAAGGCAUGAAAACUGCGCCUGAAGCCCAUCUGGACUUUACUUCAGCGGAACAACAUCCACAUCAUCACGAAGCAUCGGUCAAUGGAAACGUCGAGAUAAACGUCACAAAUCAUAAUAAACUGAACAACGAUCCAGGGGAUCGACUAAAAGCAAUGAAUAAUCUUUGCAUCGGACUCAGUUUGAGUAUCUGUUAUUCAUCCACGUGUGGAGGUAUUGCAACCAUUACAGGAACUGCUCCGAAUUCCAUUUUGUUUGGCUUGGUGAACGGGAGUUUUUGUAGUAGAAACCGUGGUUCCAAACGCGAUGCUAUGGUAAACGAUGUUAUAGCAAAAGAAGUACGGGUACUUGGAAAGUUCACGUAUGCUGAGGGCGUGUGUUGCAUUUUGUUCCUGCUGAUUACACUUCUAUGGGUUACUCGUAAUGCCGGUCCAUCCGGGUGGGAUCGAUUUUUCAACCACGAUGGUGAAAUGUAA